AUGGACUUAAACGAUGUGUCGGGGUGGUCGAAAGCAGAUCUCGCACUCAUAUUACUUUGUCAAUACUGCGUAAAAAGCGAAGAAAUGAGCAUCCUACUGAAUCCAUACUACUAUAUUAUCAAAAAUUUUAUAAAUAUGACAGGACAUAGUCACUUCUAUUCAAUGUGGCUAAACGUCCUAAUCAAAUCCUUUUACUGGAUGAUUAUAAUAAGUUAUAUGGCGGCACAGAUUGCAGGCAUGAUAACAGCAAUUGGUGAUUUAGAUUUAAUAUUUAGAUGCAUUCCACCGACUUGUUAUGUUUUAAUAGGUGCAAUAAUUUUUAUAAAUAACAAUCUACACAAAAAAGAAAUGGACAUGAUUUUUGAGAGAAUGCAAAAUGAUUGGGACAUAUUAACGUCAAAAGAUGAAGCUGAUAUUUUACACAAAUAUGGCAAAAGAUGCAGAUUUUACUCUUUUAUUUGCUUUUGUGGAUUCUUUGGAAAUGUUAUUUUUUAUUUUUUGGUACACACUAUUCCACAUGUGACAAAUCUUAUAAAACAAAAUAAUGCAGAAAGGCAAACUGUUUUUCAUCUUGAAUUUGGUAUAGAUCCGGAAAAAUAUUACUAUUUAAUACUUGUCCACAGUCAUGUGUCUGCAUAUUCUUGUACUGUUUUAAUGGUAACCGGAGAUACAACUUUUUUAAUGUGUCUUGAGCAUGCUUGUGGAAUAUUCGAAAUUAUAGGGCACAAAUUAGCGACUGCUAUAAAACAAAGUACUAUGUCAGAUGAUUACAGUUUACAACAAAAAAUGCAUAAUGAAAUUAAACUUUGCGUAGUAAUGCACAGAAAAAUUGUAUUAUUUAUCAACGAUGUCCAAAAUAUAUUUUCAACUCCCUAUCUAUUGAUUAUUGGUCUUUGUAUAAUAGAUUUAAGCAUUACCGGAGUACAAACCGUGAUAAAUAUACAUAGCCCUAAGGCAGCUAUACAGUUCGGAUGUUAUUCUAUGGGACAAGUGUUGCAUAUUUUUAUUUUAACUGUUCCAACUCAGCAUUUACUGGACAACAGCCUUAUACUUUCCACCAGAAUAUAUGAAGCAGAUUGGUACAAUCUCUCUAACAAAAUGAAAAAAUUAUUACUUUUAAUAAUGAGAAAAGGUGCUGAACCGACAACAUUUAUAGUUGGAAAAAUAUUCAUCCUUUCACUACAAAUUUUUACAAAGAUAAAUGUGAUCAAGCAAAAUAUUUUGUCAUUCAAUUAUUGCUUUUCUGAAAAACAGGCUUCAGAGAUGGUUUUAAUCUCAAGGAAAGAAAUUUUAGAAAAUAUUUCAACCGAUAAUGGUAUUGAAACGGGUGUACACUUACGUAAUCUGAGACAAAGCGUUUCUUCUGUCAUAUCAAAACGAAAAGCUAAAUUUGAGAAAGCUUCUAGAAAGAAAGCAAUAUUUGAAAGCGAAAAUGAAAAGUGGUUGAAUGGACCUUUGUAUAUUCCAAAUCUUGAAAUAGAUGAGCCUUCAGGAACUUUCUCUAGCUUCCAAAUUAAGCCUGGUCGUCCGAAACUUUAUUUCUCGGAAAUGUCAGAUCGAUCUAAAAGACGAGAUGCUAUGCAGGUAAGUGAACUUUGUAAGAAUGAUCCUUUAAGAAUACUAAAGGCUGCAGAGGCAGGUGCGAAAAAAUCUAAGAUGAGUGAAUUAUCUGCGAUUAUAAAGAAAAUUUUAAAGUCUUCUGAAUACAUAGAAAUUGAACGCCAGUUAACCUCAGUAUCCUCAGUAGUGCCGAAGUCUGCUGAAGAAGCAUUGACCUUUAUACUAGACAAUAAUUUAUCAAAAGCCGUUUAUACAAAUAUGCGUUUAGCGUCAAUUUCAAGUGGAGCAGAUAUUUGGCCAGCUUAUAAUAAAAUAAAGGAUGUUAAAGCUCAAUGCAGGCCCCCUAAAGAAGAAAUUGUAAUUAAUGAAAAAGAAGCUAAAGUCAGCCUUCAAUUUAUUUUGAGGCAUACAGCAGAAAGAGUUGUUCAACUUCAAAAUGAAGUUAUAAUUGAAGCUCCAAUAAAAUCGAAUUCAAAAAUGCUUGAAUCAGUAUUCAUUUUUUCUUGA